CUGAAGCCCUCCACCCCAUGAGAGUCAGACCGGCUGGAUGGCCUCUUGGGACCCUCCCACUCGCUCCGCACUUCCUUCUGUCUUGCGCUUCUUUUUAAAAGGGGAUAGAAAAAGGGGGCGCGUCCCUAUCCUUCCCAUGGUGCACCGCCCCCAAAUGCCCAAGAUGCAGAGGGAAGCCCCCCCCCCUCGUCUCCCCAGGCGAGGGAGACCCUUUGGCACGUCCCAGGAGGUUGGGGGGUGGGCGAGGCUGCAGUAAUAACCAGGGGGAGGGGGCUAGGGGGUCUCCCGCAGCCCCCGGGGGUCGCGGAGACCCCAAAAGCGUCUCAAGGCGAGGGAGGGGCAGGGGUCUCCCCUCCCCAGCCGCCCCUGGCUUAGGAAGGACGCCCCCGGCCCGCCUCGCCCGCCUUUAGCCAGGAUGCCCAUGGAGCAAGCGGGCGAGGGAGAGGAGUGGGCGUGGGUGCGGGCGCCCCCUCCCCACGCGCGUUCCAGCCGCUCCUUUGUUCCGCGGGCCGGUUGCCUAGCGAGCCCCCGAGAGCCCGUCCCGGCCAGGACGGAGGGUCCCCGGACGCCCAUGGCCCCCGGGCGGCCGCUGGCGCUGCUGCUGCUGCUGAGCUGCUGGCUGUGGGCGGCCGAGCUGGCGGAGCCCCCCGACGACGAAGGGGCGCUGGUCUCGGCGCCCCCCGAGCUGCUGGCCAAGCUGCCCGCCGCUGCCAGGGCCACGGUGGCCGCCGGCUACCUCAACCCGUCGGAGGCGGCGGCGGUGGUCAGCAAGGAGAUGCCGCGGCUGCAGGCGACCCCCGUGGGGACCCCGCCGGCGGGCUCCACGCCCGGCGAGACGGUGCUGAUCGUGGGCGACACGCGCUACGCCUGGCAGGAGUGGAGCGCCUGGCAUUGCAACUGCCCCGCCGGCAGCAUGGCCCGCGUGCGCGACAUCACCUACGCCGCGCCCGCCGUGCGCCUGGAUCCCGCGCAGUACGACCUGCUGCGCUUCGAGCGCCUGGUCUGCAGCUACGCCAUCUGCGGCUGCGACCGCCGGCAGCGGCAGUGUGACCGGCUGGCCCCCGCCUGCGACCUGGGCCAGAUGCACUUCUGCGCCCUGCGCGACAUCCAGCGGGACCAGGAUGAGAAGCGGCGGCGCUUCUGGGCGAAGGUCAACGGCGGGCUGAAGGCGCUCUGGCGCAGCCUGAAGGCGGCCUUCCCCAGCGACCAGAAGAAGCUGAAAAAUAAGCACGCGAAGAGAAACUACUGACCACAGCUUCAAAAGAUGCCGGAGGGGAGCACCAGCCUGACAGCGGCCACAUCAAGCCGAUACCAUUCACGAGACCCCUUGCCCGAAUUCCCCCCCCCCGUCCAUCUCUUACAAAACGAAUGAGUUUAUUUUCAAGAAAUUGGAAGGACGCCUCUCUUUCUCCCCAAAACAAAAAAAGGAGUUUUAGCUUAUCAGGCAAAGAAUUUUCCAAAGAUUUUUUUUUCCCCUUGUGCUAUAUAAAGACUUAAUAAAAUGCUGAUUCCUGCAGCCGGAUUGCUUCCAUUGGAUCGAAGAGGCAUUUGAGACCGUUGGAACUACACUUCCCAUCCUCCUGGCCUGCAUGGAGGACCUAUUCUCAUCCAGUCCCUGAAGAUGCCUCGUUUUUUUGCUUCAAAGAAAUAAGCUGUUAUAUAUUCUAUGUAUUUCACCCUGAAGCCUUUUUCUCUUUUGUCUGGUGUUCAUCCCCCUCGCUUGCAAAUUUCAUUUAUUACAUUACAGCCAGUGAACAAGCAGCUCCUGUUCAGUCCUAAAUUUGCUGGUACUU